AUGAACACCGCUCGUGUCGCCCGCACCGGCCUGCGUGCCGCCCAGCGGUUCUCCGUCCCUCGCUCGACUGCUCUGAACGGUUUGAGAACCUAUGCCACCCCGGCUCAGAACGUCAAGCCCCCUGUGGCUCUCUUCGGCGUUGAUGGAACCUAUGCCACUGCUCUGUACACUGCCUCUGCCAAGUCCGCCGCUCUGGACUCGACCUCCAAGGCUCUCGCCAGCCUCGCCCAGACCUUCAAGGCCGACCCCAAGCUGACCGACCUCAUCGCUGCCCCUACCCUCAGCGUCAGCGACAAGCAGCAGAUCAUCCAGGAGCUCCAGAAGGUCGCCGGAAGCGACAAGGGCGACAUCCUCAAGAACUUCCUGCAGACUCUCGCCGAGAACAACCGUCUCGGUCUCCUCGAGGAUAUCUGCGAGAAGUUCGAGACUCUCAUGAGCGCUCACCGUGGUGAGGUUGAGGUUACCAUCACCAGUGCUCAGGAACUCGACAACAAGACCCUGAACCGCCUCGAGAAGGCCGUUGGCAAGUACGAGCUCGGCCAGGGCCAGAAGCCCAAGGUCGUCACCAAGGUCAACCCCGACAUCCUCGGCGGCCUCGUCGUCGAGAUCGGCGACCGCACCAUCGACCUCAGCGUCUCGUCCAAGAUCGCCAAGCUCAACAAGGCCCUCACCGAUGCUCUGUAA